AGCCAAAGCCAAGCCAACACCGUUUGCGUUGCGUGCUGCUUUGGGCGCGCCAAAAGGCAGCGGCCAACAUAUACCAGAUCGAUUAAUCAAUCCUUCCUUCGUUUUCCCGGCGUCCCGAUCUCGCCCGCCUACUCCUCUCCUCUCCUCUCCCCCGGCUCGUGCCCUCCCCACGACCCCUCAUCAAAAGAUCUGCUUCUCCCGGUUCGCUAGCUCGGGUUUGUUUGUUUGUUUGAGCGCGGGGUCGCGAUGAGCUGCGGCGGCGGGCAGAACGGCUGGCUGCUGGACUACGGGCUCGUGGACGAGGAGAUCCAGGGCUCCGACUUCAUCUACAUGGUCGACGAUCCCGCCGUCUCCAGCGUGAUAUUGGGGUUUGAUGCUCCCAGAAAGGAGGACGGUGGUGGCCUGGACAACUCCGGUGCCAAGAAAAGAUCCCGUCCAGAGUCGAGCGCGCCACCGGGCACCAAGGCUUGCCGUGAGAAGCUCCGGCGAGACAGGCUCAACGAAAGGUUCAAUGAGCUAUGCGCCGUGUUGGAGCCUGGGAAGCCUCCAAAGGCCGACAAGGUCGCCAUCCUAGGCGACGCCGCUCGCCUCCUGAACCAGCUGCGCGCCGAGGCUCAGAAGCUCAAGAAGUCAAACGAGUCACUCCAGGACAACAUCAAGAGCCUCAAGUCUGAGAAGUCGGAGCUGCGAGAUGAGAAGACGAAGCUGAAGGCCGAGAGGGAGAGGCUGGAGCAAAUGCUCAAGGGUGCCACAGCUGCUGUGGCCGCUCCGCCGCAAUUCGUCCCGCACCCCGCUGCGCCGCCGCACUUCCACCCCACGGCGGCGUUUGCGCAGGCCGGCAAGUUCGUCCCGGCGUACACCGCCAGCUACCCGCCACCGGCCGCCUUCUGGCAAUGGAUACCGCCGACAUCUCUGGACACGUCGAAAGACCCAGCACACUGGCCGCCGGUUGCAUGAUCAAGUUGAUUACGGUGUGCCCCUCAUCAGGAUGCAAUGUAUUGAGCUUUCGUGCUGUAGAAGUUGACCAAAGCACACGCCCGAAGAUAAUCUCGGGUGCUGAUUGUGCGUAGCAGUUUAAUUCUAUGAUUGUGGUGUGGAUGUAAUGAUCCAGGGUCACCCGAUACAGAUUCUGGGUGGUCAUUGCUCACUCGAGCAGUCUGUGUAACAGCUCUAAUGUUAAAGUUAUGAACAUGAUGAUUCAUAAUUAGGAUGGUCCUUGCAGAAAAACCGUUAAAAGAUAUGUCCUGCUUA